UUACUGGAGAAACUGGUAUCGAUGCUGGAAGCGGUGGAAGGUCAACAGCGUCAGAUGGAACAGAGGCAGCGGGGUUUGGAAGGGGCAGUGAGGGGCAUUCAGGGAGACCUGGGGAAAUUGUGUCGCAGUCACGGGGCGACAGGCGAAGCCGUGGAGAAGCUGCUGGAGAAGUCGCGGAAGGUGUGUGCACAUCAUCACGCCCAGCUGCUCCGGCGGGACCGCUUCAAGGUGCUCAUCUUCCAGGAGGAAAAUGAGAUCCCUGCCAGUGUUUUUGCAAAAGAGCCUAUUCCCAGCAUUACAGAAGGAAAAGAGGAGCCUGUGGAUGAGAACAAAACACUGGAAGAAACCUUGCACACAGUGGAGUUGGGUUCAGAUGAUGAAAUGUUUCAUGAGGAAGAUGAUGUGGAUGACAGUGCAGAGGAGAAAACAGAAGAAUCAAGAGCUGAGAAAAUUAAAAGAUCCAGCCUCAAGAAGGUAGACAGCCUCAAGAAGGCAUUUUCCCGCCAGAACAUUGAGAAGAAAAUGAACAAGAUCAGCACAAAGAUUGUCUCGCCUGAACGGAGAGAAAAGAUCAAGAAAUCACUUACUGUACAUCAUCAGAAAUCCUCCUCUUCAAAGAGUUCAGCUUUCAAAGUAUCUCCCCUCACAUUCAACUUGAAGAAAGCCCGUGAAGGAGAAAGCCCUGCUGAAGCUGAGGACAAACCAACAGAAACUACAAGUAACGACCAAGCUGACAAUGAGGAUGAAGCAUCAUUCACUGACAUGCACUCGGAUAUGACACCUACCACCUCACUGACCGAGGAGGGCAAAGCAGUAGCUGAUUCUCUAGAGAAGGAAGCCAGAAUGGAAGGGAAUGCCGUGAUGAACAACAACAUCGAGCUGUCCAUUGUUGAAGAUGAUGAAGAGUAUGGAACGCCUCUAGAAGUUCCUAGCCAGAAACUGUAUGAUGAAAGAAACAACCCAGUUGGUGGGGAAAUGGAACAAUCUGAUGAAGAAACAACCCAAGCAGCCGUCCUGCAGAUAGACCAAACAGCGUAA